AUGCCUCCUUCAAAAGAUGACCCAUCUCCAACGACCCACAUAUCUCGGCUUGCAGACCUCAUUACACUGGAACGCGACCACGAAAUCAGCUCAACCCAAGCCCAACUCGCCCAACUCACACCCUCAGCCCUCCAAAAACGUGGUCUCUGUCUCCUUGGUCUCCGAAUAACUGGUUCACGAACCGGCCUUGGAGGAAAGUUACUGGUAGAUUUCGAAGGACCGCAAGAAGCUCUGCCGGCCCACCUGUUCCGCGUAGGAGAUGUAGUUGGAGUAUGUGAGUAUGUCAAAAGUGGUAGAAAAGAAAAGGAAGAAAGUGGAGAAGAUGUUGUCGGCGUGGUUUUUCGAGUGGAAGAGGGACGGAUAUGUGUAGCGAUCAAGGAAGAUCGACCGGGUGGAUUAGAGGGACGGGUUUGGCGGAUCAACAAGUUAGCCAACAAUGUCACAUACAAACGCAUGGAAGAUGCCCUCAAGGCGCUGCAAGACACCAUAUCAACGCCCCGUUCAACAGCUCUCCACCAAGUCCUAUUGGGCCAACGAUCCCCAACGUUCGCCGAAUCAGUGAACGUCAUCGACUUUUUCAACGAUCGAUUGAACGAAUCCCAGAAAGAAGCCGUGCGCUUUGCUCAGAGUGCUAAUGAGAUUGCGUUGGUUCAUGGACCGCCAGGAACCGGCAAGACAGAAACGGUGGUGGAGAUUGUACGUCAGUUUGUGAAAGAUGGAAAAAGAGUUCUCGUAUGUGGGCCUUCCAACAUUUCUGUGGACAACAUUGUCGAGCGCCUCUCCUCAGCCCGUCUUCCAAUGGUCCGCAUUGGCCACCCCGCCCGCGUCUUACCCACCGUCCUAGACUCCACCCUCGACAUCCAACUGAGAAACUCGGACGCAGCAGGCUUGGUAUCAGAUAUUCGCAAAGAAAUUGACGCAAACCUAAAACAAAUGUCCAAAACAAGAAACAAGGGCGAAAAAAAGGCAAUGUGGCAACAGAAUCGUGAUCUUCGGAAAGAGCUUAAACAACGAGAAAAGAAUGCAUUAAGAAAUUUAAUCGACACGGCGAAAAUCGUGCUUUGCACAUUAAAUGGAGCUGGAUCAAAGAACGUGCGGAAAGCAAAGCCAUUCGACGUGGUUGUGGUAGAUGAGGCCACACAGGCAUUGGAGGCUGAAACAUGGAUUGCGUUACUACUGGCACCAAAAGCGAUACUAGCAGGCGACCACAAGCAACUGCCCCCAACUGUGAAAUCUCCUAAAGCAGUCAAGAACGGCCUCGAAAAAACGCUUUUUGACCGCCUUCUCGAAAUCCACGGAGACAGCAUAAAACGACUUCUCAACACCCAAUACCGUAUGCACGAUUCCAUCAUGCAAUGGUCAUCCUCCGCCAUGUAUUCCAACCUUCUCCAGUCGCACCCUUCAGUGCGCACCCGAGUCUUGAGCGACCUCUCUCAUGUUGAAUCAACCGAGGACACACGUUCACCGCUGGUUUUCAUUGAUACUGCCGGAUGCGACAUGUGGGAAUCAGUAGCAGAGGACGGGGAGACCCGCUACAAUGAAGGUGAAGCGAGAAUUGUUGACGCCUAUGUGGCGAGUCUUGUCCGUUCUGGUGUGAGGGCCGAGGAAAUUGCCGUUAUUACACCUUAUAAUGGACAAGUGGAUUUGAUACGGACUCUUCUUAAAAGCAAGUAUGUUGGUAUGGAGGUUGGAUCAGUUGACGGGUUUCAAGGCCGAGAGAAAGAAGCCAUCAUCCUUUCUCUGGUUCGUUCCAACGGUGAAGGACAAGUCGGAUUCCUAUCAGAAGAACGACGCUUGAAUGUGGCCAUAACGCGGGCAAAACGUCACGUCUGUCUCGUUGGUGAUUCGGAAACGGUCGAGAGGGGCGGAAAGUUUCUGAAAAAGAUGAUUGAAUGGUUCACUGAGCAGGGAGAGCUUUUGCCAGCAAAUGCAUUCGACGGCGUUGUUCAAUAA